UCAGCCUGGGCCUCUUUACGCCACUGCCAGUGAGUCCUGGAGAUAAUUCUAUAAACUCUGAUUUGAACACAGGAUACAAGGGGACACCGGCCUGUUUGGCAGAAAAAGAAAUCGUUGCUGAUCGGCGCUCACCAUGAACUUUCUCCCAAUCAACAUUCCACUCCUGAUGAUCUUCCUCAUGACAACCGGGAGCUCGGCUGACAGGAUCCUUCCCAAAGCUCCACAGAUCACCAGUCCCCUGGAGACAGUAGAUGCUUUGGUUGAGGAAGAAGCCUCUUUCCUGUGUGCAGUGGAUUCAAACCCAACGGCAGAGAUAACUUGGACCCGCAAUAACAUUCCCAUAAGACUCUUUGACACCCGCUACAGUAUAAAAGAAAAUGGCCAGAUAUUAAUCAUCCUCAGUGUUGAAGACACAGACAAUGGAGUUUACUGCUGCACUGCUAACAAUGGCGUGGGGAGCUCGGCUCAAAGCUGUGGAGCCCUGCAGGUGAAAAUGAAGCCUAAAAUCAUUCGGCCACCCACUGAUGUCAGAGCACUGCUGGGGUCGAAAGUCGUGUUACCUUGCAGUACGAUGGGGAACCCAAAACCAGCCAUCUCAUGGAUCAGAGAUGAAACUGCAUUGAAAAAGGACCAACCUCGCACUUCUGUCCUUGAAUCUGGCAACUUAAGAAUUCGCAGUGUUCAACUGGAAGAUGCCGGGAAGUAUCGGUGUCUGGCGAGAAACAGCCUGGGCUUCGAGUAUUCCAGACCUGUGACUCUGGAGGUGCAAGAUUUUAAUAUGACAAAUGCAACUGAAAGAGAAGGAAAUGAAACUCUGCAGGACCUCAAAGUCCCUGCCAGAAUUGUGAAGGCGCCCACAUCACAAAAUGUCAGCUUUGGUUCUGAAGUGACUCUGCAGUGCAAAGCCGCCGGGUUUCCGAUUCCCACCAUCAAGUGGCUGGAGAAUGGGAGAGCACUCCCCAAGGGGUCAAUACAGAAUCGAAUCAUGGGGGAGGUGAUGGAGUCUCGUCUGCGUGUCUAUAUUACCAGGCCUUCGUUGUUCACCUGCUUAACGAAUAACAAACACAAUGAAGGAAGUACCACAGCAAAGGCCACUGCCACACUGGAUAUUGCAGAAUGGAGAUUGUACAAAGGUGAUAUGGGCUAUUGCAGUACAUAUCGUGGAGAAAUAUGCCAAGGACUCUUGGGGAAGGGCAAGCUGGUUUUCUUCAACUCCUCUUACGCCGAUGCAGAGGGGACCCAAGAGAUGAUGGCCAGGAGCACGUGGACGGAGUUGGAUGGCGUGAGCUUGCUGUGCAAACCAGCUGCAGAGUCAUUACUCUGCCACUCCAUUUACCAGGACUGUAAUCCAUCAGGGUUGGGUCCAACUCCCAAGCCCGUGUGCCGUGAGCACUGCCUGGCAGUGAAGGAGCUUUAUUGUUACAAAGAAUGGCUCUCCAUGGAGGACAAUUCACGCAAACGAGCUUAUUCUGCGGGUUUGAAUCUACCAGACUGCCAAAGGCUUCCCAGUAUACACCAUGACCCAGACGCCUGCACCAGAGUCUCCUUCCUUGAAAUGAAGAAAGGACUUAUUACUAGAAAGUGUUACAGCGACAAUGGGAGGUAUUACCAGGGUUUGGUGAAUACCACAACAUCGGGCAUUCUCUGCCAGAAGUGGAGUGAGCAGAUUCCCCAUUUCCAUAGGCGUCUGCCAGAGGUAUUUCCUGAGCUAGCCAAUUCGGACAACUUCUGCCGUAACCCAGGAGGUGAGAGUGAAAGUCCUUGGUGCUACACCACCAAUCGUGACAUCCGAUGGGAAUUUUGCAAUGUGCCCCUAUGUAUCAAUGUUACCUCGAAUGUAGGAGUGAAACCUAAAACAGAAACUGCAAGCAAUCCCAGCGCUUCUGCCACCUACUCAAUGACCAUCAUCAUUUCCAUAAUCUCAAGCUUUGCCGCCUCUGUGCUGUUGAUAAUUAUAAUUCUCACGUGCCAUCGUCGCCAGAAGGAAUGGCAGACCAGAAAGAGUUACAGAGGAACCGAGACCCCCACUCUGGCAGCCCCCCCUUCAGAGCUGCUCCUUGACAGACUUCACCCCAAUCCAAUGUACCAGCGCCUGCCUCUUCUUCUCAAUGUCAAGCUACUCAGCCUCGAAUAUCCAAGGAAUAACAUUGAAUAUGUGCGGGAUAUCGGAGAGGGAGCCUUUGGAAGAGUGUUCCAGGCGAGAGCCCCUCAUCUGCUGCAGCAGGAGACCUCAACCAUGGUGGCCGUGAAGAUGCUGAAAGAAGAAGCUUCGCCUGAUAUGCAAGCAGACUUCCAGAGAGAAGCAGCCCUCAUGGCGGAGUUCGACCAUUCAAAUAUCGUCAAGCUUUUAGGAGUGUGCGCCGUUGGGAAGCCCAUGUGCCUGCUCUUCGAGUACAUGGCACACGGGGACCUGAACGAGUACCUGCGUAAACGCUCGUCCAUCACCGCCCGCACCUUCAGGAGUGGCACCAGCUUCGCAGAGUGGAGUGCGGGCUCGGCAGCCGACCCUCCGCCCCUCAGCUGCGCCGACCAGCUCAACAUCGCCAAGCAGAUCUCUGCGGGCAUGACCUACCUGUCGGAGCGCAAGUUUGUCCACCGGGACCUGGCCACCCGCAACUGCCUGGUUGGAGAGAACCUGGUGGUGAAGAUCGCUGACUUUGGCCUCUCCAGGAACAUCUACUCUGCGGACUAUUACAAGGCCAACGAGAACGAUGCCAUUCCCAUCAGGUGGAUGCCCCCUGAAUCUAUAUUCUUCAACCGCUACACCACCGAGUCGGACGUGUGGGCUUAUGGCGUGGUCCUUUGGGAGAUCUUCUCGUCAGGCAUGCAGCCUUACUAUGGGAUGGCCCAUGAAGAGGUCAUCUACUAUGUCCGGGAUGGCAACAUCCUGUCCUGCCCCGAGCACUGCCCGCCGGAGCUGUACAACCUGAUGCGCCUGUGCUGGAGCAACAUGCCGUCGGACAGGCCGAGCUUCGCCAGCAUCCACCGCAUCCUGGAGCGAAUGCACCAGAGGGUGGCCGCCGCACUCCCUGUCUGACCCGCCACCCCACUCUCUCCCAGUGGCGGGAGCACUGGCAUUGACCUCUGGGGGUGUUGGCGAGUCCUGCGGCAGGGGGCCUGACCUCGAAUGGCUGGAGCACACCCCAUACCGACCGGACACUCAAAUACUCCCACCUCCGCAACCUGCAUUUCACCUGCUUAGGCCUCGCUCUGUAGCCUGGGACAACCAAGUCCAAGCCGCACAGCACAGGCACCAUCCCUCUCAUUCUUUGUUCAAGCACUUAUAUCUCAAUUAGAGUUGGACAUUCAUUGAAUCAUAUAUAAAUAUAUAUAUAUAUAUAUGAUGUUAUGAGAGUCUUCAGGAAAGAAGGCUGAGAGAAACUGUCUCCAUUGGUAAGAGGUUUGGAAGCGGAAGGACCCUAAUUUAAAAUGUUUGGCAAAAGAAAGGGCAGAAGUAAAAAUCUGGAUUUGUUUUGAGCACCAGGUUGUUCCAACUAACUUGAAUGGGACUUUGCAAAGUGAAUUAAAAACAUAUAGAACAUCACAUGGGUUCUUGGGAAGAGGAAGGCAGUGAGUUAUUUCAAAGAUGUCACAGCCACAGUGGGCUGAAUGGCCUCCCAUGUAGUUAGAUUUUACCAUUCUGUUACCAAAGCUGAGUUAAUCACGGAGUGGAAAUGUCAUUAUUAUCCACAGGUGGGUGUUUAAAUGUUCAGUAUUAUUUUUAUCGCAAAAUUAAUAUCGCAGGAAAAUUAAUUGUAUAAGUAAUUUUCAACUGAAAUAUCUAGUGAAAGCAAGGGUCUUCUUUUCAGAGAAGCAAUUGGCCCAAUUCAUAUCCAACAUCAAACUAUUAAAAUAGUGUUAAUUAUAUGGGUAAACACGUAUGAAAUGUUUAAAAA